AAUUAUGAACAUACCAAUCCUGUAACUAUGUUAAAGCUUCUAAUCCUUCUUGUCUUGCUUUAUCAAUCCUCAAUUUUAUUUGUUGAAUCCCACAACUUUUCAUUUCCUUCAUUUGAUGUUGGAAGUGGCAGAAAUUUAACUUGCUGGGGAUCAGUUUCUGCUGCAAAUGGAACUUUUAAUCUUAAACUUGAUCAGCCACAGAACAAUUCCUACAAAGUUGGACGAGUCUUGUUCAGCUACUCCAUACCUGUGUGGCCUGCUUCUUUCUCCAUUAUAUUCACUAUAAGGAUUUUCACAUAUCAAUCGAUUUCUGGUGAUGGAAUGGCAUUCCUCAUAGCACAUGACAAUAAGCUCUCUCCACCGGAUAGUUAUGGCUCAUUUAUUGGUAUUCUUGAUCCAUCAACUCAAGGAGGCACACUUCAUCAGCUUGCUGUUGAGUUUGAUACUUACAGAAACGAACAUGAAAUGGAUGGAAACCAUGUGGCCAUUGUAACUACAAGUAUGGAGAGUCCUGUUGCUGUUAGAAGUUUAAGUGAUGUCGGAAUUGAUCUUAGGAGUGGAAGAAAUAUCACAAUCAAGAUUGACUAUGAUGCAUGGACUAAAAUUCUUGAAAUCUCUGUAGCAUAUGCAGGCCAACCUCUAGUUAAAUUUGUAAGCCAAGAAAUCAUCAUGCAGGAAACAGUUCCACAAAAUGCUUAUGCUGGAUUUUCAGCUUCCACUGCCUAUUUCUCAGAGGUACAUCAUCUUCUUAACUGGAAUUUCACACUCUUUGAAUUACCAGAAGGAUCGCUGAAACAUGGCCUUGAUCCAAACAAGGAAAAGAUUGCUCUUCUUGUUACUAUUCCGAUCGUGGUCGUCUCGUUGGCUGUUAUUGUAUCGUUUCUCAUUACAGGUCGUAAGGAUAGAAAAGAGAGACAUCAGAGGAAGGAGGACAUCGAAAUGCUAACAAAAACUGCAGCUAAUGCUCCUCAGAUUUUUACUUACCGGCAACUCUCCAAGGCUACUAGAAGCUUCAGCAAAGAUAACCUAUUGGGAACUGGAGGCUUUGGAAGUGUUUACAAGGGGCUGUUCUAUGAUUCUCCUACAACUGUAGCUGUUAAACGAAUCAAUGCGACAUCUAACCAAGGUGAGAAGGAAUACUUGGCUGAAAUAUGUACAAUUGGGCGUUUUAGGCACAAAAAAUUGGUGCAGCUAAUAGGUUGGUGCCAUGACACAGAGAAACACUUGUUAGUCUAUAAAUACAUUGGCAAGAUUCUUCUUGAUUGGGCCACCAGAUUCAAGAUUCUAUCAGAACUUGCAUCAUCACUAUUGUAUCUUCAUGAAGAAUGUGGGAAUCCUAUUGUAAAUCGAGAAGUUAAGCCGAGCAAUGUGAUGCUAGACACAAAGUAUAAUGCUCAUUUGGGUGAUUUUGGGUUAGCAAGAUUACUCCAAAAUGAGAACUUUGUUUCAACAACGGUGGCUGGCACUCCUGGAUACCAAGCACCAGAAGUUAGCUACACAGGGAGGGCUACCCCAGAGUCAGAUGUUUAUAGUUUUGGAAUGGUUGUUUUAGAAGUGGUAUGUGGACGAAGAUCAAAAGGGAUUAUGGAAGAAAAUAGCUUGGUCGAUAAUGUAUGGAGUUCAUAUGAGAAAGGUGCAUUAUUGGAAUGUAUGGACCCAAUGCUUGAUGGAAAAUUUGACAAUGUACAAGCUCAAAAGUGUUUUAUCGCUGGAUUAGCAUGUUUACACCCUAACAGACUGCUCCGGCCUAAAAUGAGAAAAGUGGUGCAAGUGUUCAUGAAUCCUGAUGAGCCACUUAUGAAAUUGCCCGAGUCUCGACCUAGUUUUGUUUGUGUUUCUUGGCAUUCUUCUACGUAUUCAACAAUAACAACUAGUAAUGCUCCUCUAGGUAGCAUGAAGCACAUUCCAGAUGAGGUGACAGUCUCUUAUGAAUAUGCUUCUGAGACAAAGAAAUAGUUAACCGGAAAGUACAUUAUCUCAUAUUUGUGGGAUUCAACACUAAAUGGGCGAUAUUUUUUUCAUAAUUAAGGGAGAUUUUGGUGUAAAUUGGUCCGAUGAACUUGGCAGAUGUGUCUUUAGUGGUUAAAUGAUCAAAGAUAAAAUUAUAGCUAUGUUAUUUCACAUUUAAAGGAUGCAAAACUUGUUGCAGAAAGUUGACUGUUCAGAAAUUAACCCCCGUCAUAUACAAUUAUAUCAUAUUUGAUGCAUUUGCCAGGAAUAGAACCUCAAGGGGGAGUGUGUAUUUGUUUGGAAGAUAGUUUUCCUUAUAACUGUUGUUCAUGUGUCUCUGAAGUAUUUAUUGAAGCGGACAUCUUGUAUUCGGUUUCGUUAUUAUAGAUAGACUAGAACCCAUUCGUUAACCACUCAACCUCCAAAUCUAUUUAGUUUUUAACAGUAAGUCUGUAAAAAAUAAUUUUCUUCUCAUAUUCCGUUUCAUUACUAUAGAUGGCGUGAUGGGGUCAUACCCAUUCAAUGUAAAAGGAAAACAAAAAUGAAUAGCAGAAAAAGGCAAGUUCAUA